AGGAGGCUGAAACUUCGUUGACAAGCCACCGAGCUGUGGAGCCGCUGAAUGAAAGGAACAUGCCGCCGUCACCAUCGGACUCGUUGGGCAACAAACCUCUGGAUGGCGGUUGGGGCUGGAUGGUUGUGAUCGGGGCUCACAUUUCCAUCGGGUUCGCCUACUCCACGCCCAAAGUCCUGUCCAUUUUCUUCAAGGCAAUCCAAGAGGACCUAGGGGCCAGCUACAGUGAAAUAGCAUGGAUUUCCUCCAUCAUGCUGGCAGUCAUGUAUGCAGGCGGACCUGCGAGCAGUAUGUUGGUCAAACGCUUUGGAAGCCGACCAAUGGUGAUGCUGGGUGGACUGAUGUGUGGGGCCUCUAUGGUAACGGCUUCCUUUGGGAACUCCAUCGUUUACAUCUACUUUUUCAUUGGCGUCGUUGGAGGUUGUGGACUUUCCUUGAAUCUGAAUGCAUCCCUCACCAUCAUCAGCAAAUAUUUCCUGGCCAGACGUCCUCUAGCCAACGGACUGGCCAUGGCCGGGAGUCCGGUGUUUCUUUGUUUAGUGGCUCCUCUAAACCAAUAUUUACUGGAUAGGUUUGGCUGGAGAGGAAGUCUGCAAAUCCUCGGGGCUCUAAUGCUCAAUUGUUGUGUCGCCGGGGCCCUGAUGAGACCAGUUCUUCUGCCCUGUAAGCCAAACUCUUGUGUAUCACAGAAGAUGCUGGAAGAAGAGCCAAACAAGUGCAACACUAAGGUACAAGGAGGCUGCAUGAAGGAGGCUAAGAACUUUUUGAAUUUAUCUUUAUUCAAGGAUCGAGGCUUCGUCUUUUACCUCAUAGGAAACAUGAUGUUCAUCUUCGGUGCCUAUGCUCCCAUCCUUUUCCUGCCGGCCUAUGCCAUCAGCCAGGGUGUAGACGAGUACUCUGCGGCCUAUCUGCUCUCUAUAAUGGGCUUUGUGGACAUGUUUGUUCGUCCUGCCACCGGCCUGCUCGCCAACAGCAAGUGGAUCAGGCCCAGAAUCCAGUACUUCUUCAGUUUUGCCAUGGUUUUCAACGGUACGUGCCACUUACUGUGCCCGCUGCUGAAUUCCCAUGCCUUCCUGAUAGGAUACACAGUGUUUUUCGGCAUUGGUUUUGGCAUGGUCUUCGCCCUCAUAUUUGAAUGCCUGAUGGACCUGAUGGGAAGUCAGUGCUUCCCCAGUGCUGUUGGAAUGGUCACCAUCAUCGAGUGCUUCCCCAUGCUACUGGGACCACCUACUGCAGGUUUACUGGUGGACCUCUGCGGCGACUCCGAGUACAAGUACAAGUACCUCUUCUUCAUGUGCGGCUCGGUGAUCGUGGCCGGUGGACUCUUUCUCUUUGUGGCAAACAUCUACAACUACCACAUGCUAGAUAAAGAGAAGACGGAAAAUGACAGGGAGCAGAAGGAAAACCCCUCAGAGAACCAGGAGCAGGUGAGCCUCUCAGAGGCACAGAUAUAACAUACACCUGAGGCAGUGAUGGAAGGAACUGAGCCCGCGGCUGAAGAGGUGAAUCCACCGAAAUCCACCAAAUUAAAUAUAUGCUCCUGUUCAGCCUGGAUUCUAGGGGUCAUAAGUGUAGUGCCGCUGGAUGGGACAGGUUGACACUCUACCAUUUUGUUUUCUCUAAGUGAGGAAAUACAUGAUUUGUGCUGCCAAAAGAGGACCAAUACAAACACAUGUGUAUCUGUAGCUCCCAGAGGCCUUUGGGCUGUAUAGUGAAUUUUUUGUUAUAUCAAAACAACGUAGACUAGUAAAGAUGAAAAGGCAGAAAAUCAUCCCUCUACACAACAUUCAGUCCUUCUGCCGGUUUCUUUAUUUGUAAUGAAAGAAACAUUACAAAACCUUCAUGUUGAACCUGUGCUGCAUCCACAAAGCCUGCUGGAAAUGAAAGCUUGUUUUCACACGACUGUUACAUGAACCUGACCUCGGCAACCUUUCCUCUUUGAUAGACCAUUGCAUUCCCUAAGCACCUAAGCACCUUCCCUAGUGCAGCGAACACUGGGAUAAAAGGUGCAACUAUGGAUGUAGAUACAGCCUGGAAACCCCCCCCCCAAUUCAAACCGAUUUCCAUCUGUUCUGAAACUGAUCGAGCCAACCACAACAAUUUAUCUAAAACAGGGCAGGUUUGAUACAGAGAGUGACAGGAAAAUUUACGCUAACAAAGAGAUGGCUACCACUGUUGAAUCCACUAGAGACAUUAUUCAACAAACUGGGUCGUAUAUUUUCUCUCAAAGAAAAACAACUGCUGUUCGCCGUAGUCUGUUUACAUAUUUUUGUUACUCUGUCGCACGUGUGUUACUCUGAUUGGAUGUAGUUCUGAUCCGCCACCAGUGAUGACACCCCCCAAAGCAAACUGGUCUGGCAAUGCCCAUCUAGCGUAGUCAUGACUGUGGCGUAACAUUUCUUGCCGGUCUGGUUUCUCUAGGCGUGUCAUUGGCAUCUGGCGUCCUUACAAAAGCAAAAACGACCUUCCAUUGCAUUCCAAACACAGACAUUUUAGGCAACUCUUCAUCGAUUGUUUUAACUUCAAAUUUAAAUCACUCAACAGUAUUAACUAAAUCAGAUGCAAGUUCUGCAGGAAGCUCCUAUCACUUUCAAUGGAGUCUAAAUGUGAAUAAUUUUAACAUGAAUCUUGGAAGCUUUUUAGAAGUCUACCUGAAACUGAAAGAAUGAAUUAUAAACAUUUUUGAAGGACUCUUUUUCUUAAAAUGAUUUUAGAGACGAUCAUCCUGUCAUGCCUCAUUCAGCUGUAUGAAAAAGCAGUUGUGGUAUUUGAUAGUUAUAUACAGCUAACAACAGUUUGGGUGAUAGUUUUUAGCAGCAAAUGUGACCACAUUACAAUAGUUAUUUAGAAAACAAUUAACAACAUAGGGGAAGAUAAUGUCACUGGUUCAUACUCAUGACCAAAUAUAAAGAUGGAGGGCCGGCAUACAUUUCCUCCCACUGUUCAAAACUGAAGCCAAGCAAUCACAGAUAAUGAUGAAAGCCUGAGCAAACAUCACAGUGGUAAGAAAUACCCAAACUGACAGAAACCAUGUUUGAGAGUAAUUUAACAUGUUCUUGAACUUUUUGUUUGGUUUAUGACCCAUCUGCUAACAUGGAGGAGUCAUGGUUUAAAGCCUAUUCUAACCACCAGGGGGAGAAAAGUUUUUUUGGGUUCAAUUUUUGGAUGUCAUGUUGUCCAUCUUUGUAUACAGUCAUUGGUUUGUAUACAAGAAUUGUUUCAUUUACGUUUAGAACCUACCUCCAUGUCCACAGGCGGGUGAGAGAUGAUGGACAGCUGACUGUAGACAUGUUUUUUCUUGGGGAGGUCUUGACUUAACAGUGAGAAGGUGCUUAACGUAAAAAGUACUGUCUCACUGUCUCGGCUGGGUUAACCAUCCACAUACUGUUGUCCAUUUGUUUGUUUGCACUUUAGAGGUAAUUUGAAGGAAUAGCAGUGUGUGCAGAUGACACACUGCCUCUUUCUUACCACUGCUCUUUAUUGCUACCACUGGAUUGCGUAUGUGCUGUAUUCCUUUGGCUUCACUGUAUUACAUUGAAUGACUGGCUAAUAAAGGCAGCUAGCCUCAAUAUGUGAGGGUAAAUCUGAGUGAAAUGCAGGAAUUGUUAAUUUUGUUGAGUCACAAGGUCAUGAGCGCACAUGUCUGCUUUUUUUCUGUUAUUCUUCACCAUUUGUAUCAGAAUAAUCUAAUCCAUCUCUAAAAAUAUCAAAGUGCGCAAAUUUGGUUCCUAAUGCGUUGGUUAAACAGCUUUUAUCUGAAAGUUAAAAGUUCUGCUCCCACAGAAAAUGCAGCACACUAACAUCCUGAAAUGCCUUGUUUGCAUUUUUGACAGUUUUUUUUCAUAAAGCGUGUGCGUCAUCAUAAUAUUUGCACCUCCAGGCAGUUUUGAGUCUGAUACAGAUGUUACAAAGUUCUAAUGUUACAUAUGAAAUAUAAGGGCUACAAAAUACAAACUGUGAAAUGUCCUGCUCAAGUUCUGUUUGGUCUAUCAGCUGGUUCACGAGAACCGACAGUGCUACCAUUGCUACAGUAUUGUGCUUUUUGGGAGGCAGGCCCAGAACUAAGAUCUGUCUCAGACAGAGGGAGACGCAUGAACCAGUCAAUGGUCAGAAUGUAGUCGCUUUAACUGUUCUUGUGGUAACUUAAUAGGACUGGCACCAGAUCUUUUGUACUUUGCAGUGUGUACUUUAUAAAAUCAGCAAUACAUUUUGUUAAUGAAAUUCUUUACCUGCCAUU